CGGGCGGAGGGCCCAGGCAGACGGCAGCCAGGGGAAGGCUUCGGGCCGCGGCCCUCGCUCUCCGGCCUUUCUUGAGCCCCGAGGCCUCGCUGCGAGGAGCCGGGGCCGGCAGCAGCCGAGGGCCGGGCGGAGGCCUCAUCCCACCGGGGCUCGGCGGCACCGAGAGCCCGGCAGCGGCACCGGCAGCACCGCGGCCUGAGAGGUUGACCUGGCCUCCCUCCCCCCGGCCCGUGACGGCUGGUGACGGGGAAUCGCAUUUGCGUUGGUGUUUCCCGUGUCGUUUUCACGACUUUUUAAUUAACCGUGUUCAGAAAGUACGCUCCUUCUCUCAUACGCCUUCCUGUUGUAAAUAUAUGCUGAAAACAACCAAAUCAGCAGCAAGCACUGCGUGCCAGGGCCUGGCGCGCCUGUUUGCCUCUUCCUUCAUCGGCUCUUCUGUGCUUCAGUAAGCAAAGCCCUGUUCUGCCACAACAGAAGAUAUCCUGCAUUGCAGUAAUUACUGGUUUGUUCGAGGACUCAGAAGUUAGCACAGAUUAUGUGACAUGUUUGAAGGAGUACUGUGAAGCCUUUUCCAGUGAUCAGACUAGAAAUCCUGGAACCCAUUCCAGUUUCACGUACGGCGUGUGCUUUCGGAGUACAUGAACACUACAAGUAGCCUACAAACUCAUGCAGGGGAUCUGUUGAAAUACCUGAAGGAGAGAAGACAGAUGCUUUGUGUGUUGUGGGAAUAACAAGGAUAGACCUUUACCCAGAUUGAGUCUUGGAAUUUCAUCUUUGGACAAGCUUCCUUGACAAAAGCACACGGGGAAUGGCGUGAGUCACCGAGGGAGGGAACGUCUUGUGAGGACAGAGUGCUUUCCCUGCAGAUGAGGCCAGGGACAGUGUGACGAUCUUUGGGACAGCCACGGCGGUUCUUUGUCUUCGGAGAGCCGAGGAUGUGAUCUGCUGCCAGCUCCGCGCGUUAGCUCCGCAGGGGAAGAGCCGCCCGUCAGACACAAACGUCGCCCCGACAGGAGCUGCUGCAGGAACCGAGCGUGCUUCUGGGGGGAAAAAUCAAAAUUUGGUUUUGCGCUUAAUUAGAUAUUUACCGGGAAGGAAAGCCAGCUAAAAAUAGGGUGACAGUGACUUCAAAGAGAGUGCCUGACUUCUAAGAACGACACCUCUGCCAGCGCUGGUUUUAGGAUAUCAGCUCUGCCUGCACGCCGGAGACGAAGCAGGCGUUUUGGCCAGCCCUGUAGCCGAGGGAGCGAAGCACCGGCCUGGCAGGCGGCCCGGCAAAGGAGGAGUGUCUGGAGAGGGGACAUCGGCAUCGCGGCGAGGGACAGCAGCGAGCGGGACCGCACCACACCGGGCGGCACCAUGGGGACCCCGUCCCCGCAGGCGGUGCUGCUGCUCGCCUUGCUGGUGGUGCUCCGCGCUCCCCCCGCGGCGCAGGGGCGGCCGAACUUCAUUGUCGUCCUGGCGGAUGAUCUGGGCUGGGGGGACCUCGGGGCCAACUGGGCCGAGACGAAGGAGACGCCGAAUUUGGACGAGCUGGCUGCCAAAGGGACGAGGUUCGUGGAUUUCCACUCGGCCGCCUCCACCUGCUCCCCGUCCCGCGCCUCGCUGCUCACGGGGCGCCUCGGGGCGCGCAACGGGGUGACCCACAACUUCGCCGUCUCCUCGGCGGGCGGCCUGCCCCUCAACGAGACCACGCUGGCCGAGGUGCUGCGGGCGGCGGGGUACAGCACGGGGGCGAUAGGCAAAUGGCACCUGGGGCACCGCGGCCGCCACCAACCCACUUUUCGCGGCUUCGACUAUUACUUGGGGAUCCCCUACAGCCAUGACAUGGGCUGCACGGACACCCCCGGCUACAACGUGCCGCCCUGCCCGCCCUGCCCGCGGCACGGCACCGCCACCACCAGCCCCGUCGACAAGGACUGCUACACGGACGUGGCCCUUCCUCUCUUCGAGAACCUCACCAUCGUCCAGCAGCCCGUCAACCUCAGCAGCCUGACGGAGCGCUACGCGGAGGCGGCGGCGCGCUUCGUCCAGCAGGCAAGUGACAGCGGGCGCCCCUUCUUCCUCUACGUGGCGCUGGCCCACAUGCACGUGCCGCUGGAGGUGACCGCGCCGCCGGGCAGGGACGUCUACGGAGCCGCCCUGCGCGAGAUGGACGCCUUGGUGGGGCGGCUGCGGCGCCUCGCCGGCCCCGACACGCUGCUGUGGUUCACAGGUGACAACGGCCCUUGGGCGCAGAAGUGCGAGCUGGCGGGACGGCUGGGGCCACUGGUGGGGGCCUGGCAGAGGACACGAGGUGGGAGCCCGGCCAAGCAGACGACGUGGGAAGGAGGGCACCGCGUCCCGGCGCUGGCGUAUUGGCCCGGCCGCGUCCCCGCCGCGCGGAGCAGCCGCGCCGUGCUGAGCACCAUGGACAUCUUCCCCACGCUGGUGGCCCUGGCUGGAGCGACGCUUCCCCCAAACCGGCGUUUUGACGGCUUGGACGUGUCCCCGGUUCUCUUUGGGCAGUCGGACGUGGGGCACAAGAUUCUGCUUCACCCCAACAGUGGGGCAGCUGGGAAGGACGGAGAGAUCGAGGCGCUGCGGCUGGCUCAGUACAAGGCGUUCUACACCACAGGAGGGGCGAAGGCUUGUGACGGAAGCAUUGGGCCAGAAGAGCAUCACCAGCCACCCCUCAUUUUCAACCUGGAUCGUGAUAUCCAGGAACGGGAGCCUUUGGAUGUGGCAUCCGCAGAGUAUCAGGCAGCGUUACCUGCGAUCAGCCGGGCUUACACCCAGGCUCUGGAGGAUAUUGCAACAGACAACGUCUCGGUUGCAGAUUACUCCCGAGAUCCAGCAGCGGUGCCGUGCUGCAGCGCACAGCACGUGGCCUGCCGAUGCCAAGCGCCUCCCGCGGCCUGGCUGGACCACAGCACGGAGCGAAGAGCAACGAGGCUUUGCCUGAGUGACCGAUCCCUGAAACCCCUCCUGAACGAGUCACCGAGACCGAACAUCGCAGCACUGAGAAAACAGCGGAGUUCAGUGAAAUUCAGAGCAUCAAAACAUCCCGGCCCAGCCUCCGUGAGCACUAACACGGCAGGAGCCAGCUAGUAGGCCAGAUGCAAAACACAUUACCGUCAGCAGCGGAGGGGAAAACCGGAGGUCCUAGCUGCAGACACUAGCUGGAAGCUCCAACUGCCAAGCCACCAUACCGGGGAGUAGUUGUGGAUAGCUCCUUCCCUCCCACACCACCUCCUCCCUACCGUUACACAUGUAAGUGGCUCUGUCGGGUUAAUUACAGCACAGGAUUUUGACAGAUCAAAGUCCAUUUAAUAAAGCGCCUGCUGCUGUACAGCAGGGGUUUGGGGCUGUUUUUGCACCGCGCAGUCCCAGCAGGCAGGCUGAUUCAGGAGCAGCGUGGUUCCUGCUCGCUGGCAUUUGCGUGUCCCCAAAGCACAUGUUCGAGAGCAGGUUCAUCAGAAGGAAGCAGAGGAUUUCUCUCUGGCCCUGCUGCUCCUCGGAACAUUCCUUCCAGAUGCCUGGGCUGGCAGCUUCUCUGCAGCCAAACAACUUGGAGCGAAGGGGAGACAUUUUAAAUAUCCUUCUUAGGGAACGGAGUAGGGGAAAUAGAAAACUCUUGUUCUGGGUUUGCAACAGGCUGUGUUACAGGUAAGGAAAGAGAAUCGGUCUAAGGUUUAUGUGACAUGAAGAGUUGCUCUUAGGCAGUGUUUCAAAGGGAGUCGUGAGCUAAUCAUCUUUUACAUAAAGAACACUUUGCAUCCGUUAUAUGAAAGUGCCUUACAGAGGUCAGCCCCAGCAUAUGGAACAAAUCCUGGGAUCCCAAUGAAGUUUUUACUUCCUCCUUCCUCAGGCACAACUCCAGCAGCAGGAUAUGUGAAAAUGGAGUCAUGGUUUCAAAAUUCUGCCAAGUCUACAACUGGAAAUCCUUUACAAUAUUCUGCUGUAUUAAUGCAUUGCUGUUCUGAAGACACUGCUGAUUACAGCACCGUAAGCAACAUCUGUCCAGUUAACAGUUAAAUGUUUAACACAACAAAUGCUUACAUAAUAGGAAGAGAAGCAGGAGAGACACUGCCAGGCUGAAGUUUGAUUUUAUAAAGCCAGUAUGUUCUUCCAAUGGUAACUGAGAAAGUGCUACUUAAAAAUCAAAAAACGGUUUAAAACUCUGUUAAUGCUGUUGAGCUUUGUGUUCAGAAAAGGAGAUUCCUUUUCAGUUAGCUCAGAAAUGGUGAGACUGCUGAGGUUCAGGUAUGUUCCAGUUGUUUCCCAGUAACUAAUACAACUGACUGGAAAUGCACCAGGGAAUACUACAUUUUUAUUUCUAAAUGAUGGUAUCGUUCAAAUUAAAACUACUCCUGUUAAUACUAGAAAUCUGAGCAAGGCACAAA